CGUCGGUUUUGGAGAGAGAUGCUCUGGGUUCGCUGCUGAAUACGCUUUGUACGAGCAAUGGCAGGCACCGGCAAAUACUUGGUGAUCACACCUGAGGAGGUGGCGUAUGUCAGGAGGCAGCUGGGCACCAACGAGGAGGACAUCAAGAUAGCUGUGACGUCACUGCGGGAGUGGCUCAGGAUGCAGCCACACCUACCUGACGCCGUAGACGACUCCCUCAUUGAGCGAAUGUACAUCAACUCCAAGUGCAGCAUGGAGAAGGUGAAACUGGGAUUAGACGCAUACUUCUCCCUCAAACACAGAUUUCCCGAGUUACUAAUGAACAGAGAUUUCGAAGGAAGCGACUUCCAGUUUGCAAGGAAACACUUAAAAAUGAUGGUGAUGCCACGUCUCACAAAGGAUGCAUAUCGUGUGCACGUCUGGACCGCAGUGGAUGAAGACUCAAGCAAAGUAAUUUGGCCCCUUUAUGGUAAGAUAUUGACCACCAGAUUGGAAAUUAUGUUGGUCGAAGACUACUCUCUUGGUGAUGUGGGCAUCAUCGAUUUGGCCAACGUGAAUACUGGACACAUCGUACGUGCAGAUAUCAACCUCGUCCGCAAUCUUGAAGUCUGCUAUCAGACUGCUUACCGCCGGCGAUUGAAAGGACUACACUUGGUGAAUGCAUCGAAGAUCAUACAUUCAGUCAUGAAAGUAGUGAAGAUGGCGCUAUCUGAAAAGUUGCAAAAGAGGAUGCCGCUAGGAACGAAAUAUCCUAAGUGA